GGGUAUAUUAAUGCAGUGUGACAGGAAGGACAGAGUCAAAGUGCUCUAUAACUCAUGCAGCUGUCAAUUGGAUGGUAUUUUAGUUAAGAAAGUAUUAACCAAUUAAGCCUUUCAUCCUCUCUUCCUCCUCCUCUUCCUCUUCCUUCCCAUUCUUACUUACAAUUGUUUCAUGUCCAGCAAAUAAGAGUUUGCAAUUGUCGGGGAUCAAUUUCACUUUUUUCCCCUCUUUCUCUCUCACACACUCACACAGUCAUCUAUAUCUCCUUCUCUCCUUCUCUCUCUCUUCCACCACCACCAUCAUCAUCAUCAAUUCAUCAACUCCCCCUCUCCAUAUUUUUAGCCUUCAAUUUCUUCUUUUUCUAGUUAAGAACAUUUGAUACACAACAGCUGAACCCAAAACUCAAUAUACUACCAACAACAACAACAACAAGAAGCAUUUUUUUUUUUGUUCAUGUUCCUCCCACCUAUCCUAUUCAUGAUCACAAUUAAUACAUAUAACUAGUUAAUUUCAAGUUGCAUGGGAAGAUGAUCAUCAUCAAUUCAGACAACAUAUCUAUAUGAAGGGUUGAUUCAUAAGGGUUUUUUUUUCUUCUCUUUCUCAUUGGAUCAUUUGGCUUUUUUUGUAAAUGCCAUGGCUUAUCAGCAUUAUCGAUCACCAUUUGGUGACACGACUCACACAAAAGUAUUCGUUGGAGGGCUGGCUUGGGAAACACCAACAGAUGUAAUGAGAAGGUAUUUUGAGCAGUUUGGAGAAAUUCUCGAAGCCGUUAUCAUCACCGAUAAGAACACCGGAAAGUCCAAAGGAUAUGGCUUUGUUACAUUUCGUGAUCCUGAAUCGGCUAGAAGGGCUUGUGUGGAUGCAAACCCAAUGAUUGAUGGAAGAAGAGCAAAUUGUAACAUUGCUUCUCUAGGAAGACCCCGACCUUCACCUCAACGAGGAAGAACACAAAGUGGAAGUCCGUAUCAAGGAACUGGUUCAUCAUCAUCGUAUAGUGGAGUUCCGACACCAACACCAUUACCACCUCCACCUCCAACUGCUUAUGUUUAUCCACCAUAUGGGUACGCGACGUAUUCAACUGAAUACGGCUACCCCCAAACAAUUUACAACCCACAAAUGCAUCACCAACAAGCAGCGGCAGCUCAAUAUUACCAUCAAGUAUAUGGACCUUCAACGUCAGGAAUGGGGUCACCUUUUUACUACGGAUAUUCCAUGGCACCUACAAGGGGAACAUUUUCUCCGGCAGCGGCAGCACAACGGAUCCAAGGGCCAUCCUAUUUGUACUACCCGGCCGGCCCGAUGCAACAGGAAGGCAGUGGAGGCUCCUCCGCCACCUUCCCGCCUAGUUUCCCUCCUUCUCCUCUUCCUUUAUUACAACCACCCCCAACAGUUAGGCUUCCCUUUGCCUCUUCAACUGGUAAGUUAGUACCACUCCUUUCCAAUCUUUCACUUUCAUCCUCUUUUGCUGAUUUUGACAUCCUUCACCUCCCUUUUUCCCUUAUAUAUCAAAGUUAGUUAACAAGAAUGAAAUCUUACGUGACAAAAAUUACGAUAGUAAAUAAAUGGUUUGCACAAUAAAAUACGUCUAGAUUUUGUCGUUGUGAAUAUCAUUACUCUAUACGAACUUAUACAACCAUGGAUAAAUAGGAAAACAAUGAAGUGGGAAUAUAUUUAUGUAGUGGGAGGGGGGCCACCAACGAAUUGAUACCAUGUGAGAACAUAGCUGUAUAGUUUAUGUAGUGACACAUUAUGGUCUCUUGGGAAGGGGUCAAAUCGGAAGGGGGAACUUUAUCAUGCCAGAGUGUCACAAUAGCAAAACUACAUGUAAAAGAUUGUGAAUCUCUUUAGCUAGAACAAUGGAAUCGUUAUCAAAGUUGCAGUCAAAUUUACUUAUCAUCUUUGAUUUCAUUGGUCCACAAUCAAGAUUCUCUAAAGUAGUACUUCAACAAAGUUAUUUUUAAUGUAAGCAUCUUAGAGAGGCCAAAAAACAUACCCACAAAAAUUUGACACAAUUGGUCUGGUAAACUAGAGAGAGACAAGAACACUAUUGUUUUCUUCAUCAACUAUAGGGUCGGCAUAAAAUUAUUCUUGCUUGUGUGACGCUUUCUGUAACAGUUCAAUUUUUUGUUGAUAGAUUCAUCAAAUCCGCACCAAACAUCGACAGCAUCGGAGACGGAAACCGGGGUUGUCACUUCACAGAGUCCAAAUGCUUGAAAAGAAGAAAGUUACCAUGAAACGACAUAAAAAAAAAUGUUGGGGGAUGGCGAAAAAGUGUUGCUAAUUGCAUCUUCUUGACAAAAAGGAUUAAUGUGCUCAUGAUAAUGAAUCUUCAGCAUAACCUUCCUUAAUUUUUUUUUUCUCUCAGGGAAUUCUUCAUAAUUCUUUUCGAGUCCGAUCGACACUGUAAGGCCAUUUCCGCAGGUUCCUAAUCCAAGAGAUCUAGACAACGAUCUUCGUACAAGAAUGUGGGCUUACAACAAAGACGGACUAAAUUAAUUGAAAUUCCGGGUCUAUUUUUUCCCCUAUUCGGAAGUCAAAUUUUUCUGCAUUUAUUCGUUCAUUUUUAUCAAUUUCUUGUAGAAUCGUUGUUCUAUUCCAAAACAAAUUAAGCAGAGGGGAUGGAUUAUCUCCCCAAUGAUCAAAUUAAUUAAUCAUCUUUAUUCUUGUAACUCUGGUUAAUUAUUCUCUCAAUUUCUUUUUUCUUUUUAUUUUUUACUUCGAAUAAAGGCAAAUUUCUUAUUUCUUUAUUCUUACACGUAUUUCUUUUGCCC